AUGUGCAUCGCGGCCACAAGCAGAAACAUAAAGGUGCGGCGAAAGGUAAAAUCCUAACCUUGGGAGAGAACGCGAGCCUUGCACGUUUCAGAACAAUCCCGAGACUCUUUAACCUUUUGAUUCAGGUGACCAAAUCGGAAGAAUCUGUUAAUCUCAGUGUUGUUUCCGAAAGCUCAAUUGCAGUACCGCCAUUAAGGCUGCUUUAGUUUGAGAAAUAAACGGCUCUACUUCUGAUAGAUCUAAAUCGGUCGACACUGCUAGGCUCUUUAGGCUGUUUCUAGCAUUCUCUACGAACAACUAAUUCGAAAUGCAACUUUGAGAAACUAACAUAAUUAAAAAGCCGAGAAACUUGUGAAUCCCACCAGUGCCAUCAUGGAGUGUUAAAAAACAAAAGAAAAAUGAACAAUAGAGACAUUUUUCGUCAAUGUAUUUUUGCAUCCCUUGAGGAAUCCUCGCCAAUGUAAAAAUAAGCCAUUUAUCAGCCUUUAGCUCGUGGUUAUGUGAUUUAUUCCCCUCGGGCAACGCACGAGGGGAAUAAAUCACAUAACCCCUCGCUUCAGGCCGAUAACCCUUACUUAAUUUACAAAAAGAGGUAUAUUACAUAAUUAUGCAGAAGAUUAAGAAAUGGCGGAUUAUAGAUAUGGCACUGAGUCCCAUCCGACCAAAAUACAUCCGUUAAGGUAUUUGAAAGACUCUCUAAGUAUAUUGAAUUGAAGAUUGAAAAGGCCAGACUGUCGAAAGUAGAUUUAAAAAAGGGCUGGAAAAGUACGUUGACAAAAUUCCGACCACAGCCAGCAUCAACGAGCUUCACAAAAGUACUCCGGCUGCUGGGAACAGCUCGUAUCCUCACAAAGGUUCCUUCGGUGAAGUGAACUCUUUGGUACCCAAGGUCCACUUUUUGGACCCGAUGCUUCAGCGACUUAUGCAGUAUUCGUUUAAUUUAAAAACCUUUGAAUGCAGAGGCGUAUACAACGCGUGUUCUUGCCGGAGUUUUAUUAGGAUCCCAUUCCGCGAAACCUCCUAAAUUCAUCAGCUGACAGCAGGUAUCCGGAGAAUUUGACUUUGUUCUUGGACCCAGUUGUCCAGAAUUGAUUCGGCAGUAGGUUUAAGAGGUGCUGGCAUGCCAAAACACAUGGCUGGGCGGCUUUUAUGUUCCAUGGAAACUGUGAUGAAUGGGGAUCAACUGUUACUAUCAUUCAAGUGGGCAAUUAUAUGUUUGGUGGAUGCAGUGACGUGUCCUGGUAUGCAAUCGGUGAGUCCUUUAUUUGACUUUAACAACCCUGACAUAUAUCGGACGGGAAAUCCGAAAAUAUCACAGAAUCACUCAAAGUAGGAGGUUACUAUAAUGUACUAGGCCGCUAAGAAUGUUGGGAGGGUUUUAACCACGUGCUUUUGAUAGCUGCAGUCAUGUUGUUGUGACUGUAGUCGCACUAAAAUACGUUGAGUUAAAUCUGGUUGUUUGAAUGUUUUACUACUCCGGGGAGUACUACAGUUACGUUUAAAUUUUUUGCCUAAAGGUGAUCAAACAGACUCCUGCGAGAAUUUUCAGCUCGAAUACCAUAAUAUCUUUCAAAACAGAGUAUUUCGCCUGUGAUUGACACCUAUUUCGCGAGUUUUCAUAAAGGGCUCCAAAAUUAGGGUAUAGCGAUUUUUAAAAAAGGUCCCUUUUUAUUUGCUAGGCUCUUGUCGGUAUGGAGAUUCCAGCAAAGCCUUUAUUUACUCACUGAGCAACAACAGUGGUUCUGGAUACGCGGUGUACAACUCAGUGAAGCUAAAUGUCAAG